AUGAACUGGAGAGCAAGUGCCCUGCGUAUUUGCUCUAAUGCCAGGGUUAUUCACAGGGGAAUUUUCCCUCAAUUUCCCAUUUUUGCGUGCUGGCUAAUCUCCCCCUUUGAUCGAAAACCAGCCUGGUCGCGGCGAUAUUCAUCACAAUGGACGUCCAACCCGAGAGUCUUCCCGGUGUUUGAUCUCGGGUUAUUGGAUUCAUCUCUCAAAAUUGAAGAAGAGCUUGCGAUAGAAGAUGAGCCCAACGAGACAUACACGUAUCCCGCCGAGGAGGAAGAAAUCCUGAACGACAGGUACCAAAUUCUACACAAGAUCGGCUAUGGGCCCACGGCAACCAUUUGGUAUGCUUUCGAUAUGAUGGUGCCCAGAAUGGUUGUUUUGAAGAUCUACGUGGUGGACCAUAUGCUCAAAACGUAUGGGCGGGUUUACCCACCAAAAUCAUACCAGCAAAGCGAGUGCCCUUUUCACGAAGUUAGUGAUCGUUUCUCAAUCAAGAGUCCUCGUGGCCCUCAUAUUUGUGUUGUUCACGAGGGUCCACCGAUAGACCCAGAGCAAUUGCAUACGGGAGACAAGCUGGAUCUCGAGUCGAUGAGGUCUACAAUGAAACAAAUACUGGUCAUGAUGGAUUUCCUACACACUGAUUGUUACCUGACUGCCCGCAUAAGGCCAAACGAAGCAUUCAAUGUUGCUUCCGACCACGGACGAAGUGCUGGACCCAUCAAUGUCGGGCUUAUCACCCCAACGAUACUCCCAGGCGAUGGCGUUCCCCUCCGUAUGGACUUCCCAGACAAUGAAAUGCCCGGCAUCGUCGAAAAACAUUGCAGGCCCCCUGAGCAGGUCCUGAAAUCGAAAUGUGAUCACAGGGCAGACAUUUGGGCUACUGCUGUAGCUGCAUGGAAUUACACCAGUUCCGAAGGACUCAUCGACGGACGAAACUCGGACGGAGCCUUUGAUGACCGGGUCCACAUCGCAGAGCUGGUUGCUCUACUUGGCACUCCUCCACCAGAGUUCUGUGAGAAUAUGCGACUGGGCUCCAUUUUCUGGGACAAAGAAGGAAAUUGGACGGGCCAAGCUCCCAUACCAGACCGAAGCUUGGAGAGCCUGGCAGCUGGCAAUGUCGAGGGCGAGGACGUGGAAGGCUUCAUGCAGUGGAUGCGAAAGGCGCUACAAUGGAAUCCUCGAGAUCGACCAACGGCCCUGGGGCUCUUGCGUCAUGAGUGGAUGGCCCGGAGUACGAAGCCUGCGGAGGGAGAAUGUAUGGAUGUAUCCGAGGAGAGCACCCAAGUCUAG